UUGUUGGAUUAUACAGGACACAUUCUCUAAAACAGGAAACUGAAGUACCUUCUGUCAGUGAAUUCGUAUUUGCCGGGAACACAAUGACGACACAUGUUUACACAAGUAAUGUUUACAACGCUCAGAGUCAACCCGCACCCCCGGGUUACUACAGUCAACCCGCAGCCCCGGGCUACUACAGUCAACCCGCCCCUCAACCCAUUGGCCAGUAUCCCUACACUCAGGCACCGAACCCUCACGUCCAAAACAUGUUCCAGGCUCAGCAGAGCACAACUGUGGCAGUGAUAUCAGCAGGAAAUGCUCGUACCGGAAACUGUCCGCACUGUGGGCAAGGUAUCCUAAUAAAAAGGUACUCCACAUGUGGGAUUAUACUUGCAAUAUUGCUGUUCCCAGUCGGGGUCCUCUUCUACCUAUGUAUGGAGGAGAAACGAUGCACGCAUUGCAAUUGCAGCUUCUAAGAUUGUAAGAAGUGACAUACCCCACGUUUGAUUUGAGAGAUAUGAUUUACAAUAUGGACACGUAAUGUGAUGUAUUCUAUUAAAAACGAAUGGAAUCUAAAAUGUAUCAAAUGUGUGCUAGGCUUAGCUCCUUAAACGCGUAUAACAAAUACUGGUUACAUUCCUGUUAAAGCUAUUAGAUGGCCUAUCAAAAAUCACCGUAGAUAAAAUAUGCAU